UGUCCCAGCUCUGGCGACUGGCGAGCGCGAUGGCCGCAAACGUGGCGCUGCUCUCCACCUCCUCGACCUCCACUUCCGCCGCAGCCUCCUCGUUCCUCUCCCGCCGUCCUCUACCUCGCCGCAACUCACCUUCAUGGCGGCGUUGGGUGAUGACCCAAUCAGGGAAUGGAUCCUCACAGAAGGGAAGGCCACGCAGAUCAAAGGGACCAGGUCCAUUGGUGGUGGCUGCAUUAACUCCGCUCAGCGCUAUGAUACUGACGCCGGCCCCUUCUUUGUGAAGACCAAUAGGUGUGCUAAAAAAAAUCCCGUCUGUCUGAACUUAUACAUCGCCGUCCAUGUGUUAGCGUGGACAUUGCUUACUUGUGUGAUGCCUAAACAGCCAGGGUUUGAGAAGAGGAGGGACCUCUAUCUCCUCUACCACUACCUGAAUCACUACAAUCUUUUUGGCUCUGGAUACCGUUCAUCGGCGAUGUCCAUAAUCGAAGACUACUUAUAUCUGCUUGCGGCUUAGUUUCUGCUGUUUACUCUCGCAUGAAAACUGAAGCAGCAACUUACAUGUUCCAUUGUGUAUCUCAGUAUGCUGUGGAUUCAUUUUCUUGUAAAAUGUCUACCUCUUUUGUGCAUAGAUCGUCAUAUGUGCUACAUCCCUGUAUCAAUCACUAAAAGAUCCUCAGUUGUGUAAAUAUGUCCCUAUUAAUUCAUCGUGAUCUUGUUUAUGGAUA